AGUAGUAUAGGUAGUUGCGAAGACAACUCGCAUGAGUGGAGCAGUGAGGCAGUUGCUGCGCGUGGAUCCGGGGAACCUGGAGAGCUGUGGUAGUUGGGGUCUUUUUGUGCACUCGUGGGGUUUUCUAGCAAAUCACGGACCUGGGGGACUUAGCGCCGAAGUAGUAAGGGAAGAGACGGGCUCCGCUGCCGAUGGAAUAAAUCUCGGGGGAGUCGUCCCGGACCCCAGGGGUGUGUCGGCCCCGCUGAACCGAGCAGCGACCCGCCUGACCGUGUGGUGUUCUACACAGGGGGACCAUGCCGGCCCUGGCCGCUGGCUCUGGAAAUGACACAGGGCUGUACGAGCUGCUGGCCGCCCUGCCCGCCCAGCUCCGGCCGCACUCGGACAGCCAGGAGGACUGCUUUUUCCUGCAGGGCAUGUUCGCCGAGAGGAGUCUCCACUCACUGGUCAAGAUCCAUGAGAAGCUGCAGCAGUAUGAAGACCAGAAUCCAGCCCCUGUCCUGGACACUGCCAAGACCUUGGCCCAGGAUCUGGUCCAGGAGCUCCAGAACAAGCCAGCCAGUGUGGAGGUUCAAGAGCUGCUGAUACUGCUGGACAAGCCCCAUGUCCAGAGCCUCCUCACUGUCCACGAUACCGUGGCACGGAAGAGCUACGACCCUGAGCUACCGCCCCUGCCGGACAACAUUGACGACGAUGAGGAUUCGGUGAAGAUCAUCCGGCUGGUCAAGAAUAAAGAGCCUCUGGGAGCCACAAUAAAGAGGGAUGAGAACAGCGGAGCUGUUGUUGUAGCAAGAAUAAUGCGGGGUGGAGCUGCUGACCGGAGCGGCCUGAUCCACGUUGGGGAUGAGCUUAGGGAAGUGAAUGGAAUUCCAGUGGAUGACAAGAAACCUGAAGAAAUAAUCCGGAUUCUGGCCCAGUCCCAGGGGGCGAUUACUUUCAAAAUAAUACCAGGCAUCAAAGAUGAAGUCCCCAGUAUGGAGCCCAAGAUGUUUGUCAGGGCUUUUUUUGACUAUGACCCAAAUGAAGACAAAGCAAUUCCAUGCAAGGAGGCUGGAUUGGCAUUCAGCAAGGGAGACAUCCUUCAGAUCAUGAGCCAGGACGAUGGUACGUGGUGGCAGGCCAAGCAUGAAGGCGAUGCCAACCCACGAGCAGGACUUGUCCCAUCCAAGCAGUUUCAGGAGAGGAGGUUCGCAGUUCGAGGACCCACCACCCCCAUUCAGCCCCAGAAGGCCACCAGCCGAAGAUCAUCCAUCCUGCGGCGGAGCUUCAGACUCAGCAGAAGAGACCGGAAGACCAACAAGUCCAUGUAUGAGUGCAAGAAGAGCGAUCUCUACGACAUGGCAGACGUGCCCACCUAUGAGGAAGUGGCUGCUUACCGCAGGCCAGCAGGGGGCCGGCACCGGCUGGUGGUUCUGGUCGGGCCCACAGGCGUCGGCCUGAACGAGCUUAAACGGAAGCUGCUGAUCUCGGAUCCUCAGCACUUCGGCGUGACCGUACCGCACACCACUCGAGGCAAGAGGAGCCAGGAGAGCGAUGGGGUGGAGUACCACUUCAUCUCCAAGCACUUGUUUGAGACUGACAUCCAGAACAACAAGUUUGUGGAGUACGGCGAGUACAAGGGGAACUACUAUGGAACGAGCCUGGACUCUGUGCGCUCCGUCCUGUCGAAGAACAAAGUGUGUUUGCUGGAUGUGCAGCCGCAUACGUUAAAGCACCUGCGGACAGCGGAGUUUAAGCCUUUUGUGGUGUUUGUGAAGCCGCCCUCCCUCGAGCGCUUGAGGGAAACCAGGAAGAAUGCAAAACUCAUCUCUGGCAAAGAUGAAAAGGGCUCAGCAAAACCCUUCUCGGAGGAAGACUUUCAGGAAAUGAUCACUACAGCCCAGGCGACGGAGAGCCAGUAUGGCCAUCUUUUCGAGAAGGUCGUCAUCAACGAUGAGCUCACGGCGACCUUCACCGAGCUGAGAAAUGCACUGAAGAGGCUGGAGACGGAGACUCAAUGGGUCCCCAUACACUGGACGCACUCCUGAAAAGUGCGUGUUAGAGCGUGGGCAAAGAAAACAAAGGGAAGGACUUCAUGAACUGCUGCUCCUUUUAUAAGUGAGCAGGAUUUUUCAGUUUUUUGCAGAUCACAACUGCACAGGAGUUUUUCUCCAUCUGGGGUUGGGUCACAGUUUCAGUACAGCGUACUGUACACUAGAUAUGACCGUAUACGCUCCUUGGAUGAGUUCCUGUGGACUGAUCAAUGUAACGACAAACCAGCACUCUGCCCAUUUUUAACAUUUGUUUCUAGAAUUUUUUUUUUCUUCCGGGUGGGGGAAGGUUUGCAUGUAAAUUAAUGUACAGUGCACAGCAUUACUGGGGCAAAAAUGUGCUUAGAAUACCAAUCUCCAAACAUUUACAGAACUCCUGCUUUCAGCGAUAUUAUUUUUUUGAAGCAAAAGAAAUUUCUCACAAACUGAGAAGGCGGAGGCAUAGUUUUUAUUGAAGAGAAAUUAAUAUAUUAAUACGUUCUGAUGUUUUACAUACCUUUUUAUAUGCAUCUUUGCCAGCUUUUUAAAGUGGCGUGAUAUGUAUAGAGAAGAAAAUGUUCAGUGUGCUUUUCACCAAGGAACACUGCGAUGGUCUCUCUCGCUCCCCAUACAGGAUGUCGUUUCGCAAACUCUCGUACAUUUCAUUUAGGAACUAUUUUAAACUGUCCACCAGUUCUUAAGGUGCACGACUUAAAUUUGCCAUUAAAACUACCAGACUUUGGCUCUCCACUACAAGAAAUGCUCUCAAUCUUGUGUAAUUAGGGUGGAGCGCAGUCACAUUUAUUCUCAUAAAACAGGUCUAAAACAAGGGAUCUAACAGGCUUCUAAGCACUUCCAGAUUUACAACCAAAAGGAGUAUCAAAUGGCUACUUCUAACUUAACAAGCUUUGUUUUUAUAUUAAGCUGAUUUAUUUUGGGGAUUAAUGCUCAGCAUUUUCUUUCUGUUCCAAACAUUAAUCCCAUAGAGGAGUAUGUAAGAGAGCUAGAUGACCAUAAGGAGAGAUGAAAUAAGGAUUAGGAAUUAUGUAAUUUGUCUUACUGAGCCCAGGCUGAAUAUAUGUAGGGAUUUUGAGAAGUAAAGUGUGUGUGUGUGUGUGUGUGUGUGUGUGUGUGUGUGUGUGUGUGUGUUUGUAUUUCUAUCAUUGUGAGGGCCAACUUAAGAAUACACACCAACAGAGUGAGGUCCGUUUGCAAAGUGAGGUCCGAAACCCCGGUCCUCACAACGUAAACUGUGGAAUAGUGUUAAGGGGCGUGCCUAGAAGCUCCUGGCAAAAUUUCUCAUUGGUCCUUACCUUGUCCGUAAUGUUGGAAAACUG